AUGUCUCUCGAGAAGCAGGAUGUUUUCACUCUACGUUGGGGAAUCAUAGGGACCGGGCUUAUAGCAUCCUGGUUCGUCUCUGACCUCGUCCUCGAUCCUUCUACGCACCGUAAUGAGCCCAAUCUCAUUCACAAAGUCCAGGCUAUCGGUUCCUCUUCCUACCAAAAAGGCACAGCCUUUGCCCAAAAACACAUCCCCUCGACGUCCACGAGCAACGGUUGCUCUAUCUACGAUUCCUACGCCCAAGUCUAUACUGACCCCGCUGUCGACAUUGUUUACAUCGCCACCCCAACCGGCCUGCACUUCACCAACGCCCUCGACGCCAUCCUCGCCGGAAAACACGUUCUUUGCGAAAAACCUAUGACCAUCACCGCUUCCGAGUCAGAGCAGCUCAUAGCCGCGGCGCGCGCAAAAGGCGUCUUCCUCAUGGAGGCGCUCUGGACACGCUUUUUCCCUAUUGCGAAGGAGCUGCAGCGCGCCCUACACGAGAAAAAAUUGAUUGGUGAUAUAACUCGCGUCUUUGUUGAUUUUGGGCUUGAUAUGCCGCUAGAGAAGCAGAGAGCUGGGUCGAGGCUUGUGGAUUUGAGAUUGGGGGCAGGUUGUUUGCUUGAUAUUGGAAUUUAUGCGUUAACCUGGGCGAGAAUGGCAUUGUGUGGGGCGAAGGGGGAUGAAGGGGAGGAGCCGGCCGUCCGCUCUGCAAUGGUGUUGAAGGAAGGUGUGGACGAAGAGGCGACGGUGCUGUUGAUACAGCAGAAAACGGGCCGGCAGGCGGUGUGCUCGGCAUCAUACCGCUAUAAGAGCGGUAAGGUGUUUGGGAGGGUUGAGGGUAGCGAGGGCUGUAUUGAGAUUGUAGGUGGUGCGGCGUCGAAGCCAGAGAGUUUGGUUAUAAGGCGUAAGGAUGGUAUGGAGACAGUACAAGAUUUUUCAUUUGUAGGGUGGGGUUUCUUCUAUGAGGCUGAUGCGGUGGCGAUGGAUAUUCGCGACGGGAGGACGGAGAAUGAGACAAUGCCGUUAGAGGAAACUGUCAGGGUCAUGAGGAUCAUGGAUGAGGUGAGGAGACAGAAUGGGAUGAAGUACCUGCAUGAGGAGUAAUGUAGAUACUUUAUAAUUAUAUUUAUGAGCUGGAG